AUGACAGGAUUGACUGGAGUCUGGCGUCGAUACAAGCUUGUUCUGAAUGUGGGGCACCCCAGCUUUAGCAGCUCGCGGGGUCCUUCUAGGGAUCAAACGGCCGCCAAGUGGAUGCGAUACGUCAGAACUCGCCGCCGUCGGCUCCAAACGCUAGGAUACACUUUCGCCGUUGAUCGCUUUAUUUGUUCUCUCGACUCUACCCCCUCCCCGGCAGAUAAAAUGCCAAAACCCAAGCGCCCCCCAACACCGACCGAAGACUCUCCCAGCGACGACGAACUCGUCGACACGACAGCCAGACUCGAGCUGCACUCGCGCAGGACGGACCGCAAGCAGAAAAAGAACCAAAAACGCCUCCAGAAGCUCGCCUCCCGCCCCAAGGUCAUCAUGGACCUGCCACACGAGCUCCUGAUCGACAUCUUCUCCCUCGUGCGACCGAGCGACAUGUUUGCGCUCAUGCGAGUCAACAGACCCCUGCACGACUUUAUCCGCGCCGAGAGCGCGACCAUAUCCCGGCGCAUCAUCAGCCUGCGGUACCCGUGUCUGCAAAAGUGCUUUCGACUGCCGGCCAGGCUGGCCGAUCUGGACGAGACGCAGCGCGCCGCCGUCAGGGCCAACGUGGGCGGCGGGCAAACGCAGCCCGCGGCGCGCAAGGAAGAGCAGUGGGGGCGCGGGGACCAGGCGCGGGGCGCGCAGGAUGAUCAGCAGCAGCAGCAGCAGCAGCAGCAGCGCAGUCGCGGCUGGGGCAGGACGUGGCGGCUGUCCAACCACCCGUCGCACCUGCCGCACGUCGGGCGGCCGGACGCAGACUCGCUCUGCGACUGCGUGACGUGCACCAUACGCUGGAUCGGGCUCAACGUGAUUGUCGACUUUGCGCACUGGCAAGGCCACCUGGACUCCGGGGAGCCCAUCCCCAUGUUCAAGUCGUGGCAGGCCCCGCGGUGGAACGCGGAGCUCGUGGCGCGACACGCCGCCGUCGUCAACAGGGCGGUGGUGGAUCGGGACCCGCUGUGGUAUGCCCGCAUCCUCGAGCUGCACCUGGCCACCACGGUUCGGUCCAUCCGGAGGCACACGGCGAACAAGGGGAACAAGAGAAGGCGCUACCUGCUCACGGACGAGGACGCGCGGUCCGAGACGGAUGCAUUUCUGGAGAGGAGCGGUCCGCCUACCAUCGAUUGGCCGUAUCAUCGCGACACCUACUACAUGCUCGAGGCGUAUUUGCCGAACCGAUGCUGGAGUGGCGACGAAAAGAGAUAUCUUUACGUGCCUGCUGAGCAGCACGAGAGGGAGGUGCAGAAUAUCGUUGCAAAUACAGUUUUGCAGCAAUCGAGGGCGCACGGGGAAUUGGAAGAAGCGAGCAUUCCGCAGGCCCCUGAACGCGUUGCUGUCUGAAUUAGCGUUGAUUUAUGCACAGAUGUAUGCUCCUGAUUCAUACUUUGGCCUUGUAGGUGACCAGAACUAUCUUUGGCUGGAUGGGUCAGCAUAGCAUCUUUACUCGAUUUAUUUUCCAAAUUUGGGCUGUGCGACGCCUUGCGUCUCCACCAAACGGCUUGUAUUGUCUGUGGGAAGCAGCCUGUUGGCAGAGUGGGUUUCUGCCGAAAUUGAGUGCUGGAUUUCCGCACCGCGAUACUCAUUUCAUCCAGAGUUGUUAGAGCCUAGACUAGAACAAGGCGACUGCGCCGCAACAAGUCGCGGUCGAACCUCUACACAACCCCUCAACACGGAUAGAGAUCGUUGGUUCUACAAAGUAUGACCUCGCAGAGAGACGAGAAGUUGUGGAAUCGUAUCAUUCGUGUGGCAUCUAGUGCCUGUCAUUAGCUGGGAAUCAACAUACAUAAGGUACUGAAAGUGCAAUCGCCCGCCAUCCAUGAUCAAAGCCAGAAAAAGAAAAAGAAAAAAAAAACGCCCAAAACCCUUCCCAAAAACCCGUCACAUGGCCCACAAGGGCUCUUCCAACACCUCCCACUCGGAAGAGCUCCGCUCGUGCAACCCUAUCGACUCCUCCAGUUCCGGCUCCCUCUUGAACGACACCCUCUUCCUGCUGGGCCUCUGCGACGACGAGAACCUCAGGAUUCCCCUGGGCGACAUCUCGGGCGGCGUGUGCAUGUACGUGAC